AUGAAUCUACUUAUUGGCCCACAAUUCAAUGCUACGAUCAUUUCUAGACAGUUCCUUUAUAUCAAUAUUCAGGUCACCUACGAGAGCGAUGUUUGGGCUCUCUAUGUAAAUGAUGUAAGAAAGACACCAGACUUAAUUGAUUUCGCAAUAGUGAGGGGCAUCGCUGGCACAUACUUCGAAUGCAAAUCAAUACCUGAACUUUCGUCGGAUGACUCUCCAGUCGAAAUACUGUUAAAGAGAAAAAUAACCCUAACUGCCGACGUAUGUCGACUACUUAGUAGAAAAACAGACUGGAAUAGUUUCCGAGAGUCAAUCUCCGCUUCAAUAAACAUACACUUACCACUCAGAACAAACGAGAACAUAGAAGAAGCCGUUGAGCAUUUAAAUAGUUGUAUACAAAAAUCAGCUUGGCAUGCUACACCUGGAACUUCCAAAACCAUCCCCAAAUCACAAAGCUAUCCGACUAAUAUUAGAGAAUUGGUUGCAAAAAAACGAAAGGCACGGAAAUUAUGGCAGAAAACUCGGCACCCAACGCAUAAAACUGCCCUAAAUUCACUGAUAUCCAAACUGAGCCAAUUAUUGAGUGAAAAUCAAAACCAAAAUGUGCAAGCAUACCUUAGAGAGCUUGACGCCAGCGCCGCAACCGACUACUCACUAUGGAAAGCGACAAGCAAACUCAAGCGUCCUAUGCUAACACGGUCUCCUGUACGCAAAGCAGACAGCAGCUGGGCUAUAAAAGAUUCAGAU